AUGUCACCCAUCCACAAGAAGCGCGUUGAAGUGCUUCGCCUGGGUGUGAAGGGCACGGCUGGGGACCUGAACAACCUCCACCGUCCCGCUGGUGCGCCGUCGUGGAAAGACCAGCAGUUACCGCUGAAGUUCUCCCCUACCAGCAGCGCCACGGCGUCGGCGGCGACCAUGGCAGCGACUGAGGACUUGCGGUGUACCACUCCCCCUGGCGAAGAAAACCUGGCUAACUCCACCCCUGUUCCCUCGGCCCCCGCGGAGGCAGCGGCGGCAACAAUCCUCGACAGCCGCCGUCGUGUCUUCCCCACCCCUCUGACGUCUUUGCCCCCCCACCAUCGGUUCAUCAAUGGGUUCAGUUUCGGCUCUUCCCGAACGAUCACAUCGGCCUGCAUAGAGUGGUGCCCUACACCCGACGCAGGGAAGACCGCGGCUGCAGACAACGGUGCGGCGACGGUAGCGGAGAGGAUGACAGCGCGCAGCAUGGCUCCCGCCACUCAACACAUCCCUGCCGACUCUGUCGACAUGUCCUCCGCCUCCACGGUCGCCGCCGCCCCGUUAUCAUCAGUGGCGGCACUCGCGCCCCCACACUAUCCAGGCGACGACUACGUCGCCUUCAUCCGCUCGCUGCCUCGCCGCGCCGCCUCUAUCGCCAUCCCCUCCCUGCGCAUCCUCUGCGAGCGGCUGCGCAGGAUGUCGCUCAAGCAGAUUCUGUGGGUCAUCUUCCUUGUCGCCCUCGUCAUGGUAGGCAACUUCAUGCAGAUCGUGAUGCUGAACUUCUGGCUCAUCUCCUUCCCCUCUGACGGCACCCCAGGUAACUACACCGCCUUCGCCCUCCCGGGCAUCCUCUUUGCCACCCUCUUUGUGCUCCUCCUCGGCGCCUACACCGUGAUUCGGCGGCCGUCACUGCGCUUCGCCAGGCACGCGCACGGCUGGCUCAUCCUCACCGGUGUUGGUUUCUGCGAUGCCAUCAACAGCUGGAUGGCCACGUACGCCGCGUCGUAUACAUCCGAGGUGCUGCAGGCACUCUCAUCAAACCUCUGUCCCCUCUACGCCGUGUUCCUGUCCAAGUGGAUCCUGCGUGACACGCGCCGCCACGCCAACGUCUACAUCGUCUCCGUCUUCGUGCUCACCAUAGGCGGCAUCCUCGCCGCCUCGCUCUACGGCCUCAUCAAGGACCGAAACAUGGGCGAGGGCAAGUGGUGGAUCCUCAUCUUCUUCCUCUCCAUGCCGUUUCGCGUCCUCAUGAACGUGUGGCAGUCCCUUUACAUGAUCAUCUACACCCACGACCCAGAAUUUGUCGCCUGGCUGCGGGCGCGGCUGACGACCGGGGAGGGGGGCACCGAGUCCUUCGCCUCCGCCGCCGUGGAGUGCGGCAACAAUGAGCCCACGUCCGACACCUCUGGCACCUUUGUCAGGGGUGGCACCGACGUGAUCGCUGACCGCACCUCGCCUCUGGAGAUAGACGGCGCUAAGGUAGGGUCAUUGAUGACGCACUACAACGACCAUGCGCUGAUGGGUGGGCUCGAGGACGAGGUGGACAACGACGAAAUUCUGGUCAACGCAGGACCUGCAGGGCGUGCCAAGACGAAGCCAACAAACUCGGUGACGCGCGGCGCCGCAGAUGCUAACAACGAUGAUGCUGUGGCGGACAUCUCCGAGGCGCAUGCGCCGGUGACGAGCGAUGGAAUUGACAACGCUGCCGGUGGCGCUGCUGUCGUCUCCGCCGCAUCGCCCGACGUGCUCGUUGCGAGUCUUGAGAACGUGCAGGAUGUGGUGUAUAACGCGGGCGGUGCUGAGGGCUGCGAAGACGUGUGUCCGACUGCGGCUGCCGCGCCACCGCUGCUGACGCAGACGAUGUUCACGGUUCGCUACAACCAAGGUGAGGACACCAUCGUCAAGCUCGUCAUGCUGGCGGGUGAGACAACGAUACAGAUGUGUUUUACGCUGUGCCUGCUCCCAGCGGAUGCGCUGCCGUGGUGGGGCAACAGCAACACAGUCAGCGCGACGUGGGACAACUUCGUCGAUGGGAUUCGGUGUGUCUUCACAAUCCGGGAGAAUUUUCUCUACUGUUUCCUGUACACCCUCGGGUUCGUCUUCACCUACAUCGGGUGCGCCUAUCUGAACCACUACAGCGCCGCCUUGUGCUCUAUCGUCACCCAACUCUCCUCGCCAGUCACAGCGCUGAUGCUCGUCAUUGUACCUAGUUGGAACGUGCAGCUGGACGGUGACUCGCCGUGGUACUACAACCUGAUCGCCAUCUUCUUCCUGUGUGUCGCAGCUCUCCUCUACGUCAUGUGGGAAGAGAUGACGGAUGACAAGAAGGUGCAAGCGGAGUACGAGCUGAAGAUGAACGAGCUGCACGUGCGUCCGUCGUCGCACGAAGCAGCGCCGCACCUCGUUACAAUUGAAGGAUGA